GUUCCAUCUCUUAUGUAUCAAACCUUGCCUUUCACCACACCCCAUAAGACCAUUUUUCUUCUCUCACACAAUGUCUGUAGAUGAAAGAGUGAAUGUUCUAAUGGUGACAAUGGCCUUUCAGGGUCACAUAAACCCCAUGCUGAAGCUCGCCAAGCACCUUAUCUCAAAGGGUGUUCACGUUACCAUCGCCACCACCGAAGAUGGCCGCUACCGCAUGCUCAACACCGCCAACACAAACCCAAACAAUUCCGACGUCAACUCCCAAAUCAAACUCGCCUUCUUCUCCGACGGACUCACCCCCGAGUUCGACCGUUCCGACGGCGAGUCACUGGUCAACACCAUCCGAGAAAAAGGUCCCAAAAACCUCUCUACUCUCAUCACCGACCUCACCCAAGUUCAUAACUAUUCAUGCGUUAUUGUCAACCCCUUCGUACCUUGGGCCAUCGAUGUGAUCGCUGAACAUGGUAUCCCUUGUGCGCUGCUUUGGAUCCAAGCUUCUUCUGUAUAUUCCAUCUAUUACCGUUUCUUCAAGAACAUAGACCAAUUCCCAAAUUUGGAGGACCCCAAUGAGAUAGUGCGCUUGCCAGGGCUACCACCGUUUGAGGUUAGAGACGUUCCUACUCUCAUUCUUCCUUCAACCCCUUUUUACUUCAGGGAAUUCACUAGGGAAUUAUACAACGCUUUGGAUAAAGUGAAAUGGGUUUUAGGUACUUCGUUUUAUGAAAUUGAGGAGGAGGUUGUGGAUUCCUUGGCCUCCAUAACCCCUUUUUACCCCAUUGGACCUGUGGUGUCACCUUUUCUGUUGGGAGAGAAGGAAGAAAGUGAUGUCAGUGUUGAUAUGUGGAGUGUUGAGGAUUCCUGCAUGGAGUGGCUUGAUAAUAAACCACCUUCCUCGGUUAUCUAUGUCUCUUUCGGUAGCAUGCUUGUGACGUCACAAACACAGAUGGAUAACAUAGCCACGGCGAUGAGGAACAGCAACAAGUCGUUUCUGUGGGUGCUGAAGCCAGGUUCCAAUAAGGACAACGUUGCUGAGUUUUCAAAUGGUUUUUCGGAAGAAACCAAAGAGAGGGUUUUGGUGGUGAAGUGGUGCCCUCAGGAGAAGGUUCUGAUGCAUUCUUCUGUGGCUGGCUUUAUAAGCCAUUGUGGGUGGAACUCAACUCUUGAGGCUGUGGUUGCGGGUGUGCCUCUUAUUGCUUGGCCUUCUUGGACGGAUCAACCAACCACUGCUAUGCUCAUAGAGAACGUGUUUCGUAAUGGGGUGAGGCUGCGUUGUGGGGAAGAUGGGAAUGCAAGCGCAGAAGACAUUGAACGUUGCAUUAGGUGUGUUACUGAAGGACCAAGUGCUGAAGAGAUUAAGAAGAGAGCAAGGGAAAUGAAGGAGGCAGCAUGGAAAACUUUGCAGGAUGGUGGCACCUCUAGUAAGAAUAUCAGCCAGUUUAUCAGUGACUUGAUUGCAGGGAAGCCAGAUAGAGCUUGAAUUUGAUCGUUUACAUGUUUACAUCUCUUGCUCGCUAACUAGCUGCUGCAUUAUGCCCAAUUUGUGUUUAUCAUUUCUUAUAAUUUCUUGGUGCAAUUGUUAAAGUGAGUUUAGAUCAUUGUUUACAUGUAUUAAUGGUGGUUUAAUAAUAACAAUUUUCAUAUGUUUUCUAUAA